AUGCGCUGCUACUACCGCUGCUGCCUGCGGCCGCCCCGUACCCUAAGACUAUUGCUGUUGCUGCCACUUGUCCUUAUACCUCCCCUGACAGCAGCUACAGCAAGCCCAAACCUAUGCGACACCAUAUACCAGGGCUUCGCUGGGUGUCUCAUCCGCUUGGGGGACGGCAUGGGCAGCGGAGGCGAGCUGGAAACCAUCUGCAGGUCUUGGAAUGACUUCCAUGCCUGCGCCUGGCGGGUCCUGUCCGGCUGCCCAGAGGAGGCGGCAGCUGUGUGGGAGUCACUACAGCGAGAAGCUCGCCGGGCCCCACACCCGCAUAACUUGCACGCUCUGUGCGGCGCCCCCGUGCGAGUCAGAGAGCGUGGCGCAGGCCCGGAGACAAACCAGGAGACUUUGCGCGGGACAGCGUCUGCACCGGUCCCUGCCCCCGCGCCCCUGCUGCUGGCGGCUGCUCUGGUGCUGGCCUGCCUCCUGGGGCCUCUGGCCUAG